UAUUUCAAAUAAAUAAAAAUUAAAACCGAACCAAAUCUCGAUCGCGCUCUUCACACAAUCAUUCUUCAUUUCUUUCAAAUUUCAACUCAAUUUUCAAUUUCACCGAUUUUCCCUCAAAAAAUUUCCUAUUUUCUCGUUUUCCCCCAACAAAUUCUUCCCCAAUUCUCACCCUAGCUGCAAAUUAGGGUUUCUCAACUUUCAGCUUCAAAUUUACACUCUUCACAUUUUCGCUUCGUUUUUCUUCGAUCUUCAGCUUCACCUGUUACUAAAAGCUUAAUUCUCGCGAGUUUAUUAUUUUUCUGUUAGGUUUUGAGCUAUUUGGUGUUUGGUUUGGUUGAUUUUGGAGAAAGUGAAAUUAGGGUUUGUAAAGAGGGGUUUUACGAAGUGGCUAUGAUUUUUGUAUUUUUAGGUGUGUUUGUAGAUGGGGAUUGAGAUUUAAGCUGUGUUUGGUGUUGAUUUUGGGAAAAAGUGAUUCUUUUUAGGUGAAUAUGUUUUACUCUCAGUUUAUUUUGGCGAAGAAAGGUCCACUUGGGACUAUAUGGAUAGCUGCACAUUUAGAGAGGAAGCUCCGAAAGAAUCAGGUGGCGGAUACGGAUAUUGGCGUCUCUGUAGAUUCCAUUCUUUUUCCUGAAGUACCAAUUGCACUCCGUUUAUCCAGUCAUCUUCUGCUUGGUGUGGUAAGAAUAUAUUCUAGAAAGGUGAAUUACCUUUUCGAUGAUUGCAGUGAAGCCUUGCUUAAGGUAAAGCAAGCUUUCCGCUCCGCCGCAGUUGAUUUGCCACCAGAAGAGUCCACUGCACCUUACAAUUCCAUCACCUUACCCGAGACUUUCGAUCUUGAUGAUUUUGAACUGCCAGAUAGUGACAUUUUUCAAGGUAACUAUGUUGAUCGCCAUGUCAGUAGUAAGGAGCAGAUUACACUGCAAGAUACUUUGGAGGGCAUGGUUUACAAAACAUCACAGUUUGGAUUGGAUGAGCGCUUUGGAGAUGGCGAUGCUUCUCAAAUUGGUUUAGACCUUGAUGAGGUUAUGUUAAUAGACAAAGAUGUCACUUUGGAGCACAAUGACUUCAGUGCUAAUCCUCAACUGUCUCAUCAAGAAGACGAAAAGAAAGAGGAGGAUAUGUUAAUAGACAACGAGGCCACUUUGGAACAUGAAGACUUCAGUGCUAAUCCUCAAGUAUCUCAUCUAGAAGAUGAAAUGAAAGAGGUGGGUGGAGCUUCAGAUAGAAUGCAAGUAGAAGACAGUGGAAGCAAGAUUGAUUUGAUUGAUGGUUUACCUACUACUGCGGAAUUCCAUGAAUAUGCUCAAGGUCCAUCUACUCCAGGACUACAAGAGCCAAACUUAUUUGGUACUCAGGCGGAUCAGGUCAUUAAUGAAGCCAAUUUUCAUAAUUCAGCAGAUUUGUUAUCAAUGGAGACAACACAAAAUGAAUCAUCUGCUCAUCAAACCGAGAACGAUGUAAUUGGUUGCUCCUUGCAAAAUAAUGAGAAGCAUGUUGGUGUAGAUUUGCAUCAUGAGGCCAGUGACUGUGUUCUGGCUGAAGUGGAUGACAAAAGAGAGGAACCAGAGCAUUUCAAACGCACAGAUCAAGAACAUGAGGCUAGUGACUGCGUUCUGGCUGAAGUGGAUGACAAAAGAGAGGAACCAGAGCAUCUCAAACGUACAGAACAAGAAAAUUUGAUACUUAAUGAUCAUUGCUUGGCAUCAGUACCCUUGAUGGAAUCCUCCAAUAAAGAUCACACGACCACCAUGUUACCAGAAUGUGCAAGUGGGUUGGUUGAUGCUUCUGGUAUACUUGAGAAAGUGGAAAACUUACAUGAUGGAGUUCUGAUGGACACUGAACCAGUUAUUGCUGCUUCAAACGAAACUGUUAAUGUAUUCUCUGGAGGUGUUGGUAUAAAUGAUACUAUUGUGUCUCCUAGUUGUUCUCAUGUUACAUCGGAACAAGACGGCCUCUCAUGUAAACUGUUACCUAACGUGGAUGGAUCUCAUGGUUACGAAUUUGAUGGUCAUUUGGUAGAUGAUAACACAUUAACAAAGCAUGAAGUUUCAAAUAGCAGUGAAAUUUCUAGGAAUGAGGAGCGACCCUGUGUGGUUGACGAGGCUCAAGUAUCCAAUAUUGUAAGUUCUCUAGAAUCAUCUGGUAGACCUGAAGUUGUUGACGUGGAAGCUCAGGCAUCUCGGGAACUGAAGGAAGCAGUUGUUUUAAACCAUGUAUCUCAUGAAGCCGAGCAGCCCACCGAGUCAUACCUUCGGCCAUGCACCUCCCAUAUAAACCAUCAUUCUCAGUUAUCUAUUGAAGGUGAAAAUUGUCAUGCAAUGGAUGUUUCAGAUCCUGCUUUGGGCAACCAUGAUACUGUAGAGCCAUCUGCAUGUGAAGGAAUGUUGGACUUGGAGCAAUCAGGCAUGCAAGCUGGGAGUCAGAUGAUAAGCAAUAAAACGGGAAGUUUAAACGAAUCUACUGCUUCUGACAUACCUGAGCCUGAAAAAAUGCUCUCAGCUUAUCAACAUGAUAAUGAGAUGAAUCAUUUGCUGCUGGAGUCUACUCCUGGAAAUCAGGGUAUAUCUGAAGGCAAUACAAAUGCUGCAGGGGUAACAUCAAUAUCUGGUAAAAAGCGCAGCUACACAGAAAGUACUCUAACAAUGCAGAGCAUGGAUUUAGUCGAAUCAUAUGGUGGGGCUCAAUCCAAAAGAACUGCCGAGUCCAUUCCUGAUGAUGAUGAUCUGUUGUCUUCAAUAUUAGUUGGUAGAAAAUCUUCAGCUUUCAAAAUUAAGCCAAGUCCAGCAGCCCGUGAAAAGCCAUCAACAAAGCGGCUUCGUUCUACACCACGCACUAGUACCGUGAAGAGGAAGGUGCUUAUGGAUGAUAUGAUGGUUUUACAUGGCGAUACAAUACGCCAACAGUUGACAAGUACUGAAGACAUACGUCGUGUAAGGAAAAAAGCUCCUUGCACACGCGAUGAGAUUUUAAUGAUCCAAAGACAGUUUUUGGAAGAUCAAAUUUUCCAUAAACCAAUAUUCACAGAUGUGUCUGCUGAUUUGACUAUUCUGCAAAACGAGACAUUAGAUCUGAGUCGAAUCAAGGUUUGUCACAAUGGUUUAGAUAGCCUUUCGCUUGAAAAAGGAAACGAUCAAGAGUCUUAUUCUAAAACGAAUGCUAAAACUCAUGGGGUGGAAGAACAUAAUGAGCCUAUGGCAGUCCAACCCCAAGAAAAUGCUGAAGAGUCCUAUUCUAAAACAAAUGCUGAAACUCAUGGGGUUGAAGCACAUAAUGAGCCUAUGGCUGUCCAACCCCAAGAAGAUGCUGAAGAGUCCUUUUCUAAAACAAAUGCUGAAAUUCAUGCGGUGGAAGCACAUAAUGAGCCUAUGGCAGUCCAACCCCAAGAAGAUGCUGAAGUGUCCUAUUCUAAAACAAAUGCUGAAAUUCAUGGAGUGGAAGCACAUAGUGAGCCUAUGACAGUCCAACCCCAAGAAGAUGCCGGAGAGUCCUAUUCUAAAACAAAUGCUGAAACUCAUGGGGUGGAAGCACAUAAUGAGCCUAUGGCAGUCCAACCCCAAGAAGAUGCCGAAGAGUCCUAUUCUAAAACAAAUGCUGAAACUCAUGGGGUGGAAGCACAUAAUGAGCCUAUAGCUGUCCAACCCCAAGAAGAUGCUGAAGAGUCCUUUUCUAAAACAAAUGCUGAAAUUCAUGGGGUGGAAGCGCAUAAUGAGCCUACUGCAAUCCAACCCCAAGAAGAUGCUGAAGCCCAACCUUCUGAGAUACCUGUUCCAUCCGAGUGUCAUCAGUCUGAAGUUGACUUCGGAUCUCAUAAUAAUAUUGAAGCUCACGGGCAUACAAAUAUUAUUUCUGAUGUAAGGGAGCUUGGCUGUUCCCAAACUGCUGAAAUGAACAAUGCUGGAAUAAAUUUCGAGAUAUCUUCAGCAGAGAAUUACUCUUUUGUUCCUGGGCAUGAAACUUUAUCCCUAACCGAAGUCUUCGAAAAUGAGCUUUGUAGGCCAAAUUUUUUUGAUGCAUCGCUGCCUCUCAUGGAUAAAACGGAUGAUCUUGUCGGUUCUAUCCAUACAGAUAUGUUGAGCAUUCCAACUUCCCAGAAAAUGGAUUCAUCUCCUAUGCUAGAGAAUGAGUUUGCGGAGGAUCAACAUGAUAGAAACAAUGCAGGUGCUACUGAAAUUGCAGAGAAUGCCAUGGAAAUUAGAACACAAGUUGAAACAGAUAGUUUGGAAGCUGAUCAUUUAUAUGCAUCCAUGGCUACUGGUUCUAAGGAAGCUAAUGAAUAUACUGACAACCAGGUUUUCUAUAACGGAGACCUACCUGUGGAGGAAAACGGGAACAACAUGCUAGGAGGCUUAAAUGAGGAUCAAAUUAUUUCUCCUGGCUUGGGAUGUGAUGACAAGGAUGCAAAGUCUGGUGGCUUAUUUAGUGAAAAUGUUGAGGUAGAUUGUUUACAUUCUGCAGCACUUAUAAACGAAAGUUCUCUGAAUGAUGAGGAAAACCCAGUCUGUCAAGAAGCUGCGUUACAAAAUACUAUGUAUCCUGAUGUCUCGGCUAUUAGGAGUCCUUUUGCAGAUCAGACUGAUGAAAACAAUAUGGGUGGCAUUGACACAGGAUUUUUGAAUGUUGGUGAUGAUGAAAUAAUUGAGGAUGAUGAUGAUGAUGCUGGUGGUUUUGCAUCGGGUGCUGAAGGAACCCACUUAGAAAACAGUGGGUGGUCUUCUCGAACCAGGGCUGUUGCCAAGUAUCUGCAGACGUUGUUUGAUAAGGAAGAACUACAUGGAAGGCAGAACCUGCAUCUUGACAAUAUAUUAGCUGGUAAAACCCGGAAGGAAGCGUCAAGGAUGUUUUUUGAAACACUGGUUCUCAAGACAAGGGAUUAUGUUCAUGUAGAACAGGCAAAACCUUUUGCCAAUAUAAACUUACAACCUCGAAAGAAGCUUAUGAAGACAAAUUUCUGAAAUAUCAUCUAGGAGUGGCUGAUAUAGAGGUAAGAUCCAUGAGGUGAUAGUUUGGUUCGAAUCUGCAGGGCUGGGAUAAUCUUUUCAACAUCACUCCCCCGUUUUAGUUAUGGAUUUUGAUUAAUAAUUUUUUGGAAAUAGAAUUUAGCCGUUUAGUUUUACUUCUUGAAUGGCUGGGGGUUGAAGUGGCUCGUGUAUCAUUUAAUCCUAUUGAUUAUUCUAGGUCUUAAUGUAUAUUAUUGUAAAAAAAAAAAUCAUCAUCUGUAGCUUUCUGGGUCUAAUUUUUAAUGUGUUUAAACCCAUCCCCCUCCAUGCAAGAAUACUGUUUUAUCUAGGCAUCUAGUAUCUUACUGAAAAUGCCUUGUAAUUUAUAUAAUUUAUAUAGCGGUCAGUGAACAAGGAUUGUCACUUCUGUACCUAUUGCAUCUGUAUAUCAUCUAACUGAGUUUAUUAUCCUUUUAUUUAAGAGUAUGUUGAAGUC